AGGCUUUGCUCUGUUGCACGACCAGCUUGAACAGUCCCCUCAUGGUCUGUAAGCUCACGAGUCGAGAUUCUGAACGACGGCGGCUACCGUUCGGACGGACGAAAGCAGUAUGAACUUCGAGAUAUCGUAAUCGACUUAUCUCAAAGAGGAACUGCGGAUGGUUCUGCAAGUAUCACUCAUGGACUUACAGAGGUACUCGUAGAAGUGUUUGGACCACGAGAGGCGAAGGUCCGCGCACAGACGAUGCAUGACCGGGCGUUGAUUAAUGUGGAGGUCAAUAUCGUUCCGUUUAGUACUGGAGAGAGAAGAAAAAGGUCAAGGGGUGACAAGCGAAUAUUGGAACUUGGCUCAACGAUCAAGUCGACGUUUGAGCCAGUCGUCCAGACUUCUCUUUACCCUCGUUCCGAGAUCGACAUCUUCGUACAUGUCCUGCAACAAGAUGGUGGCCUCCUACAGGCUAGCAUCAACGCUAGUACACUCGCUCUCAUAAGCGCAGGAAUCCCUCUACACGACUUCGUCUGUGCAGUAACAGGAGGUGUUCACUCGACAGCACCGAUGCUCGACCUCACAACGCUAGAAGAAAACGACAUCCCUCAUGUCACUGUCGCUGUCAUGCCGAAAACGAAAAAGGUCACUCUGGUGACGAUGGAGACGAGAUUACAUGUCGAUCGGUUUGGCGAUAUCUUCAAGUUGGCAUGUGAAGCGGGGCAGGUCAUUCAUAAGGAGAUGAAGAGGGCGGUCUCGGAGAGGACACAGAAGCUGGUGACUGCGAUGGAGAUGGGUCCUCGGGUUGUCCCGAGUGCGGAUGUUGGGGACAGGGAUGCUAUGAUAGACGACUUGAAUGAUUAUUGACUUUUUGCAAGGCCUCCUGUUUUGAGCUUUGAACGUUAGUUUCGUUGUUCUGCGACAAGCUGAGAUUUCGUGAGUGUAGAUUUGAAUGCUCUUUUCAUGAAUUGCACCGCAGAAUACUUUCGAUC